CGUCACGGUAGGAUUGGGGUGGCCAAUAGAUAAUUCUCGACUCUCGGACUUUGUUUAAAAUGACGGCGACACCCGGUUUACUUGGUGUCGUUGGCGCAUCGUACUCCGUACGCAAGGAACAAUCACUGUGAAUCCAGUCACAUCCGAGCUUGACAGGUUCAAGAUGCUUCCCCUGACGACAACAACAUUGCUUCUCUCCUGUCUAGGAGCAGUUGCCGGCCUUGCCGUGGGCACGAACCCUCAGCACGAGAACCGGGCCCCUGGGUCAAGGCGGAAACCAUGCCCAAAGCCCACGUGUUUGGCCCCUGACACCAUGCAAAGCGCAAGCAAAUACACCGGGAUGGAGGAGGGGACACCAGGGAUUAGAGACGGCCUCAGCGAGUCGGCAACCGACUCCGCCAACUUCAUCAACUUCUGCUCCGGCCAUACCCUUACCAACGGCCAGCAAAACAGGGACGGUUCCUGCAACGGCAUCCCCAUGGGCCGCAUCCCGGCCACCACCAACAUGAUCUCCUCCAUCAUCACCUACCCGCAGCCGGGCGACCGCGUGCCGGCCAACACGACCUUCAAGGUGUCCAUCCAGACGCGCCACCUGCGCGCGGGCUACCUGGUCAACCCCACCACCAACUACUACACGGCGCCGCAGGACCUGGACGAGAACGGCGACAUCAUCGGCCACUGCCACAUCUCGGUCCAGAACAUCGGCAGCCUGCGCUCGCUCGAGGCGCCCGACCCGACCUCGUUCGCCUACUUCAAGGGCGUCGACGACGAGGGCGACGGCAAGGGCGGCCUCGAGGCCGAGGUCACCGGCGGUCUGCCCGAGGGUGUCUACCGCGUGUGCACCAUGAUCGCCGCCAGGAAUCAUCAGCCCGUUGCCAUGCCUGUUGCUAACAGGGGUGCUCAGGAUGACUGCACCAAGUUCGAGGUGGGGGGGUCAGGGGCUUGAGGCGUCACGUCACGCCUUAAAGGUUAGCGAGUGCGCAGUGAAACGGUGGCUGUAAUUAAUCAUGUAAAUUGUGGAAUAAUUUCCCAAAUGGCGUCGUGACAUACGAGAAUCUCAGUCAUGAAACCCAUC